AUGAGGCGACAUCGAAUCACAAGCAACAACGCAACAAUGGAUACGACGGCCUCAACCUCAUCGGGACCGGCGAUCUCCCAAGCGGGCGAAGCGACCCCACUCGUCGCUAAGAACUCCAGGCUACUGUCCUAUGAGGAGCUCGAGGACUGGCGCAAAGACAAUCAUUGCAUCCAUACAGGCUACAGACAAACGCUCAAGUCGUACUAUGCUUGCUUCGCCUCCAUAUUUGGGGUUCACAACGAGACGACCAACAUUGCAAGUGAGGGCCGCUCGGCGACGUCAUACCCGAGUCGUGCACGGGUUUCAUUCCAUCUGAACUCGAAUCUUACUUCAUCGAAACAGUGGACACAUCUGAUUGGUGCGAUCGUCGCAAUAGGCUCCUUGCUGUACCUCGUCAUGGCUAUCACUCCCCACGAGCGAACUCGACACCGCCAAGGUUGGCUCGCACCGCUCGCCGGAACCCCCUAUCCGUUCCCGUCGGCUGCUCAGCCGAGCGUGACUUGGAUCGAUAGCUUCGGUAAGUCCGAUCUCGACGAGCAGUUCAAUCCUCGAGAGGAUGGAGGCACGCGCUAAUCUUCUCCACGGACUUCGUAAUGGCAGGCUUUGGAGUGUUUUUCGUCAGUGCAGCGACAUGCUUGGGUAAGAAGGCCCUCUUCCUGGUUGUAUGAGAGCUUCGGUAAUAAGAAACUCAUUCGUUCCGCAGGCUUCUCCGCGUCAUUUCACGCCCUAUGCUGUCAUUCAAAAGAGGUCGGUCCGACGUGACGCCCGAACGGAGUACUUCUAGCAGAUUUGACAUCCCGACUUUGUUUUCUUGAACAGGUCGCACAUCGAUGGAACAACUUUGACUACGUCGGGAUCGUUGUUCUGAUCUCAGGAACGUUUGUGCCUGCCGUCCGAUACGGUUUCUUCUGUGCGUACUUUUCUUGAUGCUACGCAACUUGCUUUGUCCGACUGACGGCACGGUCAUAUUCCUUUUUGAAGGUGAUCCCCACCUUAGGAAUCUCUACAUAACCCUCAUCUACUCCGCGGCAUUAUGUGAGCGACUUCAAAGAGUGAAGCGCUUUACUUCUCGCACCUUCUGACCUGGAGUGCACCCACUCCCCCUACAGUCACCGCUUACACCGUGCUCGCGCCCCACGCCAAGACCCCUGAGUUCCGUCGUUUCCGAGCUUGGGUCUUUAUCGCUCUUGGGACAAGUGCGGUGUUCCCCGUCGGACAUGCCGUACUUCGCUAUGGGGUAGGUCAUGGAAUCGCGUUGCCCUGGCUCGCUCUUGGAGGUGCACUGUGAGUAUCCCUCGAUUCGAUCUGCGAUUUUCACCGUCUGGGCAAGGAACACUGACUCGAUCAUUUACCGUCGAAGUUACAUUGUCGGCGCAGUAUUGUACGUCUGACCUCCGCACCGAAGCCCGUCUAAUUUUCCCCUUCACUGAACCCCCUCCCACCCUUCUCCACCCUGUUCUAGAUACGCCGAGCGCUGUCCCGAACGAUUCCUCCCCGGUCGAUUCGACCUCUUUGGAUCCUCGCACCAGAUCUUCCACGUCUUGAUCCUCUUGGCCGCCUUAUCGCAUUGGGCGGCGAUUUCGGAAGGAUUCAGGUAUUGGCAUGGCGAGAGGGGUGGGGUUUGUCCAGUGAGGUGA